AUGGCAGGUGCAUUGGUUAUCGAGGCUGGGGCUAGUGGAAACCUUAACCGACUCAAGGCAAUUAGAAAGAAGGUGAAAGAUGAAAGAGAGUUCCUCAAAAUAUGCGAUGAAUGCAGCGAAUUCUCCACUGGCCGGACUGUCCUGCAUCACGCGGCUGCAAUCGGACAUUAUGAGAUUUGCAAAUUCUUGAUACAUAACGUCAAAGUUUAUGUCAAUCCCAUGGAUUACAAGAGUCUCACUCCCUUGCACUUAGCUGUUCUAAAAGGUAAUCGGGAGCUUAUCGAGUUGUUGCUGGUGAAGCGUGCUCAUAUAGAAGCAGAGUCUUUGGAUGGAACACCUUUACAAGUUGCUGUUUCUUGUGGAAAUGCUGAGGCUGUCAAGUGUCUCUUGUCUCAUGGCGCAAACCCAAACCGUUUUUAUGAAGUUGUGGACUGCCCUCUUGUAUGUGCAGUCAAGUCUCGCUCAUUUGAAUGCAUGAAUUUGCUGCUCGAGGUAUGUUUGGUGAAAUGGAAAUACCCAUCUUGUCUAGGUUUUGUUAGAGAUUGAUGUCCUUUAUCAUGAUAAUGGCUAUAUGCUAGAUGAUUUAAACUUCCAAUGGUUCUUUAGCUCUGUUCCUCAGUUAUAUG